GAUUUCUGGGUUUUGUUUUAAUUUUCUGAGCUUCCUAAGUAUUAUAUAUUUUUUAAAAAUUUAAAUGGUUCCUUCUCCUCUGCCGGAGGGAUUCUCUGAGCUCGAUGUUUUUGCAUUGGGAUCAUGUCUGCUUGUGGAGGGUCUUCUUGGAUUUUUCAUGAAUGCUGUCACCGUUAUUGCUUUCCUUAAAAUACGAGAGUUGCGGACUCCGAGUAACUUCCUGGUAUUUAGUUUGGCUUUAGCAGAUAUGGGCAUUUCUACUAAUGCCACUAUUGCUGCCUUUUCAAGCUUUCUGAGAUACUGGCCCUAUGGAUCUGAAGGAUGCCAAACCCAUGGCUUUCAUGGAUUCUUAACUGCCCUCUCGAGCAUCCAUUUCAUUGCAGCCAUUGCUUGGGACAGAUACCAACAGUACUGUACCAGAAAAAAAAUUCAGUGGAGCUGUGCCAUCACCUUAGCCAUCUUCAUCUGGCUCUUUGCUGCCUUCUGGGCAGCUAUGCCAUUGAUUGGUUGGGGAGAGUAUGACUAUGAGCCCCUGAGGACAUGCUGUACUCUGGACUUAAGCAAAGGAGAUAGGAACUACGUCACCUAUCUGAUUCCAAUGGCCAUUUGUAACAUGGGAAUUCAAGUGGUUAUUGUAUAUUUCUCAUACCAAUCAAUUAAAAAGAAAUUCAAGAAGACGGGCCAGCAGAGGUUCAACUGUAGCACUCCUAUAAAAACCCUGCUGUUCUGCUGGAGCCCUUACGGGAUUCUGGCCUUCUAUGCCGCUGUGGAAAAUGUGAAUGUUUUGUCUCCUAAACUGAGAAUGAUUGCUCCUAUUGUGGCUAAGACCUCUCCAACUUUCAAUGUCUUUGUUUAUGCACUUGGAAAUGAGAAUUACAGAGGAGGAAUCUGGCAACUGCUCACAGGACAAACGAUUGAACCUCCUUCUACUGAGACCAAGUUUAAAUAAACCAAGAAUUUCAAUCAUUCAUCAUUAAUUUAUUCAACUUCAUUAACUGCUUUAUCCUGAUCAGGAUCACAGUGAAUUCCGAGCCUAUCCUGAGAACAUAGGGCAGUGUCAGGCAAUGUAACAGUAUUUACACAUUUCAUAUUAAAAGA